UAAAAACGAUACAAGCAAAAGAUACCUAAAAUUCAAGAUUUAUACUGAGCUAAGCGACUAACGUAGUUUUAAUAUUUCCGAAGCGUUUGUUUCCGGUUAGAAGUGCCGUCCUUUUUAUCAAAAUGGCUCCCAAACCGAAACCCACGGAGAAAACAGCAAGUAAGAAUGCGGAAAAAAAGCCAGAAAAGAAAUCUGAGAAGAAGCCAGCAACUGUUGCUAGUACUUCAAAAGUAACAAAGCCAGCAUCAAAACCAGCACCUACUACUGCAAAAAAAGCAGCUAGUACAAAAACAGCAAGUUCUACAAAACCAGCAGUGAAACCAGCAGCUAAGCCUGCACCAAAAGUGGCAUCUAAGCCAUUAAUUUCAAAACCUAAGAAAAAUGUGCAAGCAUCGAAAAAAACACCCAAGGGAGGCAAGCCAGCAAUAGCUAUUCAAAAAGCAUUAAAAGCUCAGAAAAAGAUCUUGAAAGGUGUACAUGGAUCUAGAGUAAGAAAGAUUAGGACUUCUGUACAUUUCCAUCGUCCAAAAACAUUCAGACCUCCAAGAAAUCCGAAAUAUGCACGAAAAUCAGUGCCGAAUAGAAGUCGUAUGGAUGCUUUCAAUAUCAUCAAAUUCCCUUUGACUACCGAAGCAGCCAUGAAAAAGAUUGAAGAUAAUAAUACAUUAGUUUUUAUUGUCCAUACACGAGCGAAUAAAUACCACAUUAAAGCUUCUAUUAAAAAGCUUUAUGAUGUUGAUGUGGCCAAAGUAAAUACACUUAUAAGGCCAGAUGGAAAGAAGAAGGCGUACGUGCGAUUAACUCGUGAUUAUGACGCUCUUGAUGUUGCUAACAAGAUUGGCAUUAUAUAAAUACGUGUAUCGAAUUAUUAAAAUAUAUUAAAAAUUGUCUGUAUUGAUAAUAAAAUCAGUACAGUUCAUGACAA